AUGCCUGUCCUACCAGUACGAUAUGAAAGUUUGAAGGCGAUUCUGCCGUACAUGGACCCAAAUACACGAUUCCAAAUCUCCCUGCGCAUCCCAUCAGUCAGCUCACUGGAGAGCCGGCUACCGCUGAAAAUCAAAAAUUUGACGUUUUCAAAUAUUGAUACCAAAGUAAACAAGAUCUCCUAUCAACUUGGUGUAUACCGUGAUUACGGUCGCAACGAAACUCCUUCCGAUGUUCACCAUAUGAAUCAAGGGGGAGGGUCUCUCAAUGACAUUGAUCAAUAUGGAGUCAUUAUGAAUCCCGGAGUGAACAGCGUACUUCCAGGAGAUAUCGAUUUGAGAACAGGAGUUCACCGAAAUUUUCUGCCUAAUACGGAAGGACAGGAACAAUUUCUACUCCAACAACUGAAAGCUUUAAAAAUGAUACUGGCCGAACGGUUGAAUCAGGAAUAUAUUGAAGACGACGAAACUAGGAAUGUAGUUAUUGGUGCUCCUUUUAAUGGUUUUGUAGAGAAUUAUCGAAGAGACACAUCUGUAGAAUCUAUUCAACUCCAGAUUCAAUCACUUCGGAACUCGCUUCGUCCUUUCAACAAUCGUCGGAACAAUCGGAUUUCUCCAUACACUGCAUCGAUUCAGUUUACUAGACGGUCUCCAAAAGGAGUAACAAUCCAACGUGUUGCAUACAAUAAGUAUCUUUAUGAAGCGACAAAGGCGGUGCACACAAAACUGUUUGGAAAUCGUGGUUCGAGUAUAACUGUGAAAAAUCUGAAGAUUGACCUUCCCAAUCGAAUUUUCCGUUUUCCCACGGCAACUGUUUUGAAAAUUGAAAAUUUAGAAGUUGCAUUCUGGAAUUCACUUACAUUUGAACGGUUCAAGGAAAUCAUUGAUCCAUCAUCUCUUCCAAUUCAACAACUGAAAAUUUCAAGUUUCCUGCGUUUUUUCGAUUGUAGACACAUCAUUGCGAGAGAGGCAAAAGCAUUAAUUAUCAAUAAUAAUCCUAUUGAAAAUGAUUCAUGGACCCCAAUUCUUCGGAAUCUGACCAACCGGAGAGUGUGCUUGGAGAAUGAGAACGCACGGAAUCCACCAAAUAAUUAUAUGGAUUUGAUUGAAAAUUGGUUGGAGAGAGGACGUCCGGUUGGAACCACUUUUUCUAUGGGAAUCAAAAGCGAAGAGGCCGUGAAGCAAUGUUUGGACACUCUGAAACAGAGACAAGAAGUUAUUGGAUCUUCUGAAAAACAAGUUCAACUUCGUAUCAACGCUUCAUUGAUGCUCAAUGUCUCUUAUGAAAUGAUUGAACAACGUGGGAGAUUACCAAGAGAUGACCAAUCAAAGUGGUGGCUGAUACUGAAAGUUGUUCGUGGAAGAUCUGAAUGA